UUCCGGUCGAACUGGUAGCCUGUGUAAGUACUCGAAUUUCUAUACUGUAGUUUACCACACUUCCUCCUGUUAACCUACGUCUACCGCCUUCUCUGUUCCCUGCACAGCGUCUAGUCCUUUAUCAUUACAUUCGAGCAGGGUCUUGUUUUGGCAUCACUCGCAUUUGUCAGCAUCAUCCCCGAUACCAUAAACUAUCAAGCUGGCAGGAAGUAAGCGCAGAAGUUUCUCUUCUCAGGGUGGGUUGCUGAACAGAAUGUUCGGUGGCUCCACGAGCCCACCCAAGGAGAAAACUGAUUUAGUGUCGCCAACUGAAACAAGCCCAACGUCGCUGACUGUCAAUACUGAGAACAUUGGAGUAGUACGAGAAAAGCGAACUCCAACGUCGUCUGGACCUCUUAGUAGGAAGCAUAACGAGGAUCAAUCUGCUGGCGAGAGGAAGCGAAGAAGUAGUUCGGUCAACAAGGCUGCUUCGUUUUUCAACAGUGCGAAGAACUCCUUUCAUUUUUCAAGCCGGGAAUCAUCGCAUAGCCAGCCCCAGACUCCUCAGACCCCUCUUCAGAGGCUGGGGAAAAUGGACCCCGCCUUGAUUGUGCCUCAAGGUUCCUUUAACAAUUCGGCCGGAGAAUCCGCGCCAACGUCGCGUUCAUCAUUUCGAGUCGGUGUUACCGAGGAUCGAAAUCGAAAAUGCCGUAGGACGAUGGAGGAUACGCAUGCAUAUCUCUACCAUUUCUUAGGCACCCCUACCCCUACUUCUGGUGCUCCGCCGAUCAGUAGUAGCCAGUCCAGCAAUGUGGCUGAUAAAUCCACAGAUGAAGAUGAGCCUACACACGUGGUUGAGACAGACAACGGUUAUUUUGCUAUCUUUGACGGACAUGCUGGUACAUUCGCUGCAGAGUGGUGUGGAAAGAAGUUACAUCUCAUUCUUGAGGAAAUCAUGCGCAGAUAUCCCAACACCCCGGUCCCUGAAUUGUUAGAUCAAACGUUUACUAGCGUUGAUCAACAGCUGGAGAAACUACCCUUAAAGAACAGUGGCUGCACGGUUGUGGCAGCUGUCCUACGUUGGGAAGACCGUGUAGCCAGCUCACAGUCUGCAACAGGCUCUGUGCCCAUAGCUCCAGCUGCGACCCCUUCAAAUAAGGCUGAAACUGCAUCUAACCAAUCUUCUGAGUCCGUUCAAACACCUACUCAGUCGGGCCAACCUUCGAGUACCUCGCAAGUGGAAUCAGCAUUGCCGAAACUCCAGGAACCUGCCUCUCGUCAACGUGUUUUAUAUACUGCCAAUGUCGGCGAUGCAAGAAUUGUUCUAUGUAGAAAUGGGAAGGCUCUCCGGCUGUCAUAUGACCAUAAAGGUAGCGACGAGAAUGAAGGGAAACGCAUUGCUAAUGCUGGCGGUCUCAUUUUGAACAACCGUGUUAACGGUGUACUUGCUGUAACAAGAGCAUUGGGCGAUACAUAUCUUAAAGACUUGGUGACUGGCCAUCCGUACACUACAGAGACCGUCAUUCAACCUGACCAAGACGAGUUUCUUAUUUUGGCUUGUGAUGGGCUGUGGGAUGUGUGCACCGACCAAGAAGCGGUUGACUUAAUACGCAAUAUUAAAGACGCCCAAGAAGCAUCUAAGAUACUUGUUGACCAUGCAUUAUCACGCUUCAGUACAGAUAAUCUGUCGUGUAUGGUCGUUCGCUUUGACGCCAAUCUCAUUCGAGACGUCGUUGAGCGACGUAUCGAACCAAUUGGAGUCGAGGGAGACCCGUCCUCUAAAGGAAAGCGUGGCGUCAGCGAGGCCGAUAAGAUAGUCGAAAGCGCAAAGAAGCAGCUGGAGGAUGCAGAAGCAGAUGACACUGUGCCAGUCGAUAUCGGCCUCAAUGCUAAACUCAAGGAUGAGCUAGUUGAACAGGCAUCUAAUGAAUCGCCGGGUCCUGAAGUUACUCAAGAUAAGCUGGUGGCAACGUUAGAUGCACAGGAGACUGCCAAUGCUGAAAGUGACGCAUCAAAGUGACACAAGUUUUAAACAUUCAGUGGAAGGGAAAUGAUAUCCCAUACCUUGUAUCCUUCUUGAAAAUGAUUCAGUUCGACCAGUCUCGAUCCAACAAAUCCUGUUAUACCAAAGUAUGGAUUGAGUUUCAUGACCCGAUCUAACUGUUGUGUGACUAUCUGGGGGACGCCUUCUCUGAUGAUUCUUCACGAAUUGUAUUAUUGGUUGGGGAGUUGCAAAGACUGCAAACCAGUCUGGUAUUGUCUGGGAUAGGAAUUUAUGGUCUCGAGAUUCCUUUGACGCCAUGUAGAUUUCUGUGUUUCAUGAAUUUUAACAAUUAUCACGUUUCUUAUUGAAGACACACAUGUGGAUGUAUGUAUGUAUGUACGUAACGUCGUGAUGUGGCCAUGUCUCAAUGUUGCCAUUCCACUAUAUCAAUUGAUUGAGAAAGCA